AAAGAUAAAAUUCCAAGAAUUAAUUCAAUUAAUAAUCCUUGGAAUAAUUCUUCACAAAACCUUUUAAAUGAAUCAACUAAUAUACCUGAAAUAUCUGAUAAAAAUAGGUCAAUUACAUACUCCCAAUAUAAUAUUAUUGAAGAGCGAAAGGCUGAAUUAGCUCUAGAUAAAAAAACUUUUGAAUCCUUAGU